UAUGUAAUCCGUUAUUAUCCCGCUGAAUCCAUGCUCAAAUGUGCUUAAUAUUCCCUUUUCAAUUAGCUAAAAUAUUAGGCAUUCCUGUUCCAUUGUGUAACCAUAAUAUGCUGAGCCUCACGGAGCACGUUCUACCAUGUGGCAGCCUACUCACUCCGUGUUGAGAAUCCCUUUGAGCAAUAGGAUUGAGAGUGAGUGGGCGUGGUAAGAGGGGAUAACUACAUUUACCUCAUACUACACGCGCGUACAAGUAGCUUUUCGUUCCCUCAUCAUCUCUCCCCCCGAGCCUCGGUCAGGACACCUACACCUACACCACGCUGUUCAUUCAUCAGUUCGCCAGCGCCCCCGUUGUUUUGGAAAUACCCACGCAGCGCUGAGAAGCCAAGGGCCAAGAGGAAUUCCUCGAAAUGACCGGACACCACUGGGGAUACGGAGAGGAGGAUGGCCCCUCCGCAUGGCAUAAAGCCUACCCCCUCGCCCAGGGAGACCGCCAGUCUCCCAUCAACAUCGUCCCCACGGAAACGGUCUACGACGGCAGCCUGUCUCCCAUCUUCCUGUCCUACGAGAACUGCAUGUCCACCAGCAUCUCCAACAACGGGCACUCGGUGGUGGUGGAGUUCGACGACACAGACGACCGAUCAGUGAUCCACGGAGGCCCGCUGGCCAACGCCUACAGGCUCAAGCAGUUCCACUUCCACUGGGGCGGCAAGGGUUGCCAUGGCUCCGAGCACACCAUCGCCGGCAAGACCUACGCAUCCGAGCUUCAUCUGGUCCAUUGGAACGCGGCCAAGUACAAGACGUUUGGGGAAGCAGCCUCCGCCCCUGAUGGGCUGGCCGUCCUUGGCAUCUUUCUAGAGACAGGAGAUGAACACAGAGGCCUGCACAAGAUAACAGACGCUAUGUACAUGGUCAAGUUCAAGGGAACUGUGGUGGACUUCAAAGGCUUCAACCCCAAAUGCCUCCUGCCGGAGCGCCUCGACUACUGGACCUACCCCGGCUCUCUGACCACGCCCCCGCUGCACGAGAGUGUCACCUGGCUCGUACUCCAAGAGCCAAUCGUGGUGUCCGAGAAACAGAUGGGAAAGUUCCGGCUGCUGUUGUUCAGCGGCGAGGAAGAGGAACAGAGGAAGAAAAUGGAGAACAACUUCCGACCCCCGCAACCCCUCAAAGGCAGAAAGGUCCGUGCUUCUUUCAAAUAGCCUUCAUCUUACCCUCAACCCCCUCUGGCCAGCUGUUCAAAACUACAUCUCCUGCACUCCAGAGAAAGAUUUAGAAUCGGCGCCCUUCAUUAAUGCUAGCUAAUUGUAACGCAAGGAACCGAAUUGUCUGUAGAAUGAAGCCAGACGCUUUUGUGCAAACAUGCCACCUUAACAAAACCUGUGUGUCUGGUUAUGCGUCAGCAGACUAAAUCAGAAGUUCUCUGUAGCAGAGAAAGACUGUGGGCUCCUGUUUGGGUCGAGUCAUCAGCACACUGACCUCCUCUGAGUGAUUUAGUUUAGUUUCAGUUUAAUUCAUUUAAUUAAAUUACCAUGAGCUCAAAGUAAACAACUCAAACUCGCUGGGCUGAUUUUAUACAGCAUUUCUACAUUGUACCGACACGACUGAAUGGACAUUUUUCGCUCUGCCAUCAUCAACUGGUUGUUAACAGGUAUUGAAAGUUUCUUUUAGGGGUAACUGUAAGAAGUAGCAGUACUUGACACAGUCCUUGGUUGUUGUUGUUUGGGUUGUGACCUCAUCGCUCCGCUCUGUUUGACGUUGCUAUGGCGAGGCGCUUGGUUGUGACCUCAUCGCUCCGCUCUGUUUGACGUUGCUGGGCGAGGCGUUUGGUCGUGAGGCCUCCCCCUGUCAGAUCUGUGUUGAUCCACAUUGAUCAAGCUUAGGGCAAAACGGAUCUGCAUCCUGAAUGUCGGCGAUCUUUUCACGUCUCGCCCGACGAAAACAGCCGCGGAUGAGAUUACCAGCGCGGUGGCCUUGACUCCGUCCGCUGCCUCGCUGGAGAUGGGCGGAGGUCGAGGGGGUCGCGUAAUGAAGCCUAAGUCCGCGCAGCAACUGCCCUUGACCAUGAAAGGGUCUCAGAUUAAGCCUGAUCUACGUCUGCCCUGUUUUUGGGGGGAGCUCCUCAAAGCCUACCUCAUUAGGGCCACCGA